AUGCUGCGGUUCCUGCGCCGGACCUUUGGCCGCCGCUCCAUGCAGCGCUACGCGCGGGGCGCGGCGGGGCGCGGGGCCGCGGGGCUGGGGGACGAGCGCGACGGGGGGCCGCGGGGGGGCCCGGCCGCUGCCGCCGCCUCCUCGACGCUGCCCGCCGCGCCGGGGGGCAGCGUGUUCCCGGCCGGUGGCGGGCCCCUGCUCACCGGCGGCGCGGCCGUGCACAUCUCCGCCGCCGGCGCUGCCAAGGCCACCCUGUACUGCCGCGUCUUCCUGCUCGACGGGACCGAAGUGAGCGUGGACCUGCCGAAACAUGCCAAAGGCCAGGAUCUGUUCGAUCAGAUCGUGUACCACUUGGAUCUUGUGGAAACAGAUUACUUCGGCCUCCAGUUCCUCGACUCUUCCCAGGUUACUCACUGGCUGGAUCAUUCCAAACCCAUAAAAAAGCAGAUGAAAAUUGGACCUUCUUAUGCUUUGCACUUUCGAGUUAAAUAUUACUCUUCGGAACCAAACAACCUUCGUGAAGAGUUUACAAGGUACCUGUUUGUUUUACAACUCAGGCAUGACAUUCUUUCAGGAAAAUUGAAAUGCCCCUAUGAAACGGCUGUGGAAUUAGCUGCUCUCUGUCUACAAGCGGAGCUGGGGGAGUGCGAGCUUCCAGAACACACGCCAGAGCUUGUGUCUGAGUUUCGGUUCAUUCCAAAUCAGACAGAAGCGAUGGAAUUUGAUAUCUUCCAGAGAUGGAAAGAGUGCAGGGGAAAGAGCCCUGCCCAGGCGGAGCUGUCCUAUCUGAAUAAAGCGAAGUGGCUGGAAAUGUAUGGGGUAGACAUGCACGUUGUCAGGGGAAGAGAUGGCUGUGAAUAUUCUCUUGGACUGACCCCGACAGGCAUAUUAAUCUUUGAAGGAGCUAACAAAAUAGGCUUAUUCUUUUGGCCUAAAAUUACCAAAAUGGAUUUUAAAAAGAGCAAAUUGACGCUAGUGGUGGUGGAGGACGAUGACCAGGGCCGGGAGCAGGAGCACACGUUCGUGUUCCGGCUGGACAGCGCCCGGACCUGCAAGCACCUCUGGAAAUGCGCCGUGGAGCAUCACUCCUUCUUCCGCCUGCGCACGCCGGGGAACAGCAAAUCCAACAGAUCAGACUUCAUCCGGCUGGGGUCCCGCUUCAGAUUCAGCGGGCGGACAGAGUAUCAAGCCACACAUGGCUCCAGGUUACGAAGAACCAGCACCUUCGAGCGGAAGCCUAGUAAACGCUAUCCAUCCCGGAGACAUUCAACGUUCAAAGCAACCAACCCGGUGAUAGCAGCUCAGUUCUGCUCUAAAACAAAUCCCGAAGUCCAUAAUUACCAGCCUCCGUACCAUCCCACUAUCCACCCCAGCCAGCCUCGGUGGCACCCUCACUCUCCAAAUGUAAGGCCAUGCUUUCAGGAUGACAGGCCGCCGCACUGGGAAACAUCGGCCAGUGGAGGUGGCAGCCAUUUCGAUUAUGUCCACGACCAGAACCAGAAGAAUUUAGGAGGAAUGCAAAGUAUGGUGUAUCGAGAUAAACUCAUGACUGCACUUUGAGAGACUGAAGCAUCUCCCCUCCCUUCACCAUCAUAGUGUCCUUACACCCCAUGAAAAGUGUCUUGGCAUCACAUAGAUGUGUUUGCACAAGUGUCCUUGCGGAAAUGUUCUGAGAGAUAUUCCCGGCGUCCGUGUAAAUAUUUGCAAACAGCCACAAUCACUAGUCCUAACUGUCCUAAACACUAGUCCCAACUGUUGACUGCAUUCUCAAUAAAAUGAAGGUAGUUAAAGGCUCAGGAAUCACUUUAAUAUUCUGAUUUUAAAAUUGGAGUAAAAGUCUGUGUGUAUCGUAUUGCUCUGUACUUGAUAUUUCUUUGUUAUUUAAUGAAUGGGACCGAAUAACACCAGAAGAAUAUGGGAAGAUAGCUCUGUGGAGAGCACUGCACAGUCCUGAGGUGACGAGGAGGCCGCGGGGGCCCAGCCCCGGCCACUGGGAGAGGGCAGACAAGCCCUUCUCUUCCGUUGGCCUCCUUUGCCCCUUCCGGAAAAAGUGGGUUGGACUCAAUGAUCACCAAGCUCCUCUACAAUUCUGUGAUCUAUGCAAAGUUAGUAUUUUCCGUCUGAGGAUCUGACAUUCCAAUGGAAUUUCUCAGAGGAAAACUGCAGAAUUCCCUUCUCUAACAGAGGCUUAACCCUUUCAGAAGCUGAAUGAAGCGUAUUACUGGUUAGGUGGGACGUGCAUAUGGGGAGGCUCUGAAUUUCCCAUUUAAAGCAGGUUCGCCACUUUGAAUCCUAGCAGUUUUACGAAUCACAAAUUGCAUAGUGUCCGUUUUGAUAGAACUUGCUGCUCUAGUACGAGAAUAAUUUUUUAAACUAUGGAUCGGUGCUGCUAGCUUGUGUGAUUUCAGAAGACGUAAUUAUGAAUACACACUGUCAGAAUUUAUAGAACUUGAGGCUCGGUUUUUACCCUGGACUUCAGUCUUUUAAAAAGCAACAUGCAAUCCAAGAUCUAUUUAUGGCUCAAAUUUGAGUGUAUAGGAUUUUAAUGGCAUUGUGCCAAAACGUCCUCUCAAAGGAUGGGGAUGUUGCGCUGUCACUUUGUAGAUCCAGCUGAUCAAUGUGUUUUCUUUGUGGGAAGAACUUGUACCAAAAUAUUUAUUGCCCCUCUUUUUAAGCCACAAAGUCAAACAUUUUUUUUUCUCUAAAUAGACCUGAUAUCUUUCCCACCAGCAUUUUUGUGAAAGCAAUUCUUAAAUGCCAUUUCCGUAUGUGUAAUUGUAAUUUGGCCCAUUUUAAGCCUUUUUAAAAAAUGUAUUGAUGUCUCUGAGAUACCUUAUUGCUAAAAUCUGGGUCUAUUCUCGGUUACCACAAAAAAUGUGUACAGAGGGAGGGACUCAGCUACGUGCCCUGCACAGUACAGCCAGUCACCUUCAAACUCUUCCAAAGAUACCUGUUCACAGGUCUGUUCUGUCUUAGCAGAUGUUUUGAUCCUCAGUGUUUGUGCUGCCUACAAAUAAAUGUGUUCCGAAUCCUUUAAUCUUAACUGAUACGUUUUUACAAAUGUGUUUCCAAGGAAUAAAGAUUAUUCUUGCUU